GCGGCGGCGGCGGGCGGGCGGCGAGCAGCGCGCCGCCGGCUCGGCGGGCCGCGGGCAGCGGGCGCUCCGCCCUCGGUGCGCGGAGCCUCCCCUCUCCGCGCCCGCGGAGCGCCGGCGCCCGCCUAUAUCUACGGCCGCGGCGGCCCGGCGCCCGCAAGGAUGUAAGGCGGGCGGGCAGCCCAGCCGCCGCUGUGGCAUGUCCCCCCGCGCCCGGAGCCGUCGGCGCGGCGCCUAGCCGCGGCUCCACGGGGCGAUGCUGCCCUGGAAGCGGAGCAAGGUGGAGCUGGUGGCGGGCGAGACGCGGCGGCAGAGCAAGCCCAAGGGGUACGCGGUCAGUGUGCACUACUCAGCGCUCACCUCGCUGGCCCGCGCCUGCCCCGAGAGCGCCCUGCACCGCGUGGGCAGCAUGUUCCGCUCUAAGCGGCGGAAAUUCCGCGUCACCAGCGAGGACCCUACGUACACCGUGCUCUACCUGGGCAACGCCACCACCAUUCAGUCCAAGGGCGAGGGCUGCACCGACCUAGCCGUCUGCAAGAUCUGGAGCAAGAGCGAGGCGGGCCGGCAGGGCACCAAGAUGAAGCUGACCAUCAGCGCGCAGGGCAUCCGCAUGGCCCACGCCGAGGACAAGGGGCUGCGCCGGCCUGGCCACCUCUACCUGCUGCAUCGGGUCACCUACUGCGUGGCUGACCCGCGCCUGCCGCGCGUCUUCGCCUGGAUCUACCGCCACGAGCUGAAGCACAAGGCGGUGAUGCUGCGCUGCCACGCCGUUCUGGUCUCCAAGCCCGAGAAGGCUAAAGCCAUGGCCCUGCUGCUCUAUCAGACCUCAGCCACAGCACUGGCCGAGUUCCGCCGGCUGAAGAAGCGGGACGACGCGCGGCACCAGCAGCAACAGCUGGUGGGUGAGCAGAGCAUCCCGCUGGUGCCGCUGCGCAAGCUGCUCAACGGGCAGUGCUGCUACAAGCCGCCGGUGGAGCGGAGCCGCAGCGCACCCAAGCUGGGCUCCAUCACGGAGGACCUCCUGGGCGAGGAGCAGGAGGAGCGGGCCAUGCACUGCGACUGCGAGGACAUUCUGGAGGCGCUGGACGAGCCCGAGGGCGAGCUGCUGCGCACCGGCGCCAGCCGCGACGAGAGCCCGGAGCUGGGACAGCUCCUCCGCGACCUGGGCGAGCUCAGCCUGGGCAACGACCUGCGCUCGCUGCGCGCCGACCUCCGCGUCCGCCGGCUGCUCUCCGGCGAGAGUACGGGCAGCGAGUCCUCCUUGGAAAGCAACGGCCCGGACGGCGCCGCCCCGCCCUGCAACGGCGCCGAGCAGCCGCCCCCCGGCGACCCCGAGACCGGCUGAGCGCUCGGCCGCGCCCGAGCUGCGCGGUCCCUUCCGGGCGCGCACGGCGCCGCCGGCGAACACCGGGUACCCUCCGGCCCCUCCGGGAGUGCACGGCCCCGUCGGGACGCACCAAGCCCCCUCCGGCCCCGCUGAGGUUACACGGCCCCUCUGGCGCGCCCUGGGACCCUUUCGGGAGAUCACGGCCCCUCUGGGGGAGCACCGGGGCCUCUCCGG